AUGGACCACUCCUGUCAGAUUGUCGUUGUAGGAGCGGGAAUCCUAGGUAUCACGGCGGCCUUAGAACUUCAGGAAACGUUGGCGGCAAGCAAACCCCGUGGAUCCAUCACCAUCGUUGCCACGGAGUUUCCGGGCGACGAAUGUAUCAAUUAUGCCUCUCCUUGGGCAGGAGCUCACUCUCGAAUUGCCCCCUGUACGACACCUCGCCAAGUCCGCGAUCGAAAGCUCGAGCAAGUCACCUGGGACGUUUUCCGCGCACAGUCCAAGACCUACCCCGAGGCAGGAAUCGAGUUCUUGGAUGCCUUCGAUUAUCUGGAAGACCCUUCUGAAGAGUACCUAAAGUUACAGGGUGGCUACGCCGAAACCGAGGGGUUUCAGCUACUCCAAGAGCAUGAACUACAGCCCAACAUCAAGUUCGGAAGCAAGUACCAGGCAUGGUGCCUGAACCCGCCCGUGUAUUGUAUCUUUCUGCUCCGCCGCUUUAUUCUCCGUGGUGGAAAUACGAUGCGUUUGAAGCUCACUAGCCUAGCUGAGGCCGCAAGCCUUGCGCCAAACGUCCAGGUGGUCGUGAACUGCUCAGGAGUGGGCUUCGGGGAUCCUGAUGUGUUCCCUGUUAGAGGCCAAACUUGCCUUGUUAGCAACGCCUGCGACAGAACCAUCACACAGCAGAACAAAGACGGUUCAUGGACCUUCAUCAUUCCUCGACCGCUUGAAGGCGGCACCAUCAUCGGAGGCACGAAGGAACCCAACAACUGGUCCGCAAGAGCAUCACUGGAGACAAGAAACCAUCUCUUAACCCAAGCGGCCAAGAUUUACCCCGCUAUCUUGAAAGGAAACUCGAAAUUUGAUGUCAUUAGAGACAUUGUUGGAAGAAGACCCGAGCGAAAAGGAGGGCUGCGAUUGUCUUCCGAGUCUCUUCAUCUUUCAGCUUCGCGAAGCGGUGAAAGCAACCACCGCCGUGUAGUCAAGCUCAUUCAUGCUUAUGGAGCUGGUGGAGCGGGAUACGAACUCUGCUGGGGCGUGGCUCAGGAGGUUGCCAAGAUGGGGUUGGAGGAAACCCCGUUGAAAUCAUCCUUGUAG